AGAGACACGACCUUGCGGCUCACAGGGCCUCGUUUGGAAAGAGCGAUGUGUUUAUUAAUUCUACGUAAAUAAAAUUGAUCAUCCUCUGUUAAGUCGGAAACCGAAAGCUGACGAGAUAAAUGAAGCGUUGAUGGUCUCAAUCGUUGAUAUAUUUUUUUUUUUUUAACGUGAGGGGGUUACCGACGAGUACACAAAACAUGUGUAUAACAAACACUAUGUCUGUUACUGGUGGUGGUGGGUUGUGUGAUAACCGUGUGUUGACGAGGCGGAGUAAGGUGUACAGUACAACGCUACCCUCGUCACGCAGAGGUGGGUCUAUCAAACUUAAGACGAUGAGUGUUUUCAGCGGCUGUCAAGAUUUGAUAAUGUUAAUCUAAUAAGGACUUCAAACCAUUACUUGAGGAACCCCCUCUCCUAGGUCGUUACGCUGAACGUCCUUGACCUUGAUCUCUAUUUAUUAUUGACCUAGGAAGUCGGGUUCAGCCCCCCUUGAAUAUUGCCAAACAUACUGGCACAGUGCUGGGAUACUGACAUAUCUGCCGUCAAGUGACACUGCCUGCACGUAGGUGAGUAAUCUGUUUUUCAUUGUUUAACUAUCUCGGUUUUUAAUGGACUCUUUUUUUUAUAGUUUUAAUUGAUAUUUAUCGUCGCAUUAGUUGAACUUGAUGUGCUCGCGAGCUCACGGCGUCCCGCUCGUCCAAUCCAAAUGUAGCUUGUUUAAUUAUAGUUGGUACGAUUGGUCGACGAAUGCAACAAUCCUCUUGAUGACAUGUGAUUCAUGAUGUAAAUAUUAAAGGGUAAAUACAAAAAAAAAAAUUAAAAAAGGGGGGGGGGGGCGGGGAGGAAGGGAAAAAGCGACCACGCCUCUAAACGAAGCUCGCUCACAUACACACAGUAUUCAUCCGUAAGAAUAGUCAAUUUCAAGCCCAUGUGCUACUGUCACUGACGAAUUUUAAGUUAAAACGUGGUAUUGGAAUAACCAUGGGACCGAUAACUGUAUAUAAUAAUAAUAAUAAUAAAUAAAAAUCAUCACAUUAACAUGCUGCCGUUACAUUUAAGACUAUCUUACUACCACCCCAGCACUUUUUAAUUAUGGUUAUGUUCAUUAAUUCAAGAACGCCAUUCAAAUACACUGUAAAUGAACCCAUUAUAUGGAGGGUCAUGAGUGGUCAGCUUAUUAUUGGACUUAGUUUUGUUGUUGAUUGUUGUUGCUUCUAUAGUAACAUAGCCUCUAAUCUUGUUACCGCGGCAACAAAUGAACUCGCUGUUGACCGUACCACACACUUUAAUGCGAUACGUGCUUAUUAAAGUGUUGCAGCCUGAUUGUGUUAAGUUCAUUGGACGCGCAGUGUCCAGGCAUAUACAACCUUCAUUGGUAACCAGGGGCGUCAACGGACCCAUAGUGUAAGGGGUAGUCUGGGUCCUCUCAGCAGUUUUUUUAUGAUCCGAUUGUUGUGACAAAUCUUAAUUAAACACUAUUUAUACAUAUAACAUUUUAAUUUUAAUUCAUUUAUGUAAAUUAUUAAUUAUUUAUAUAGUUAAAAGACAAUAAAUGCUAAAUAAAUAACCAAAAAAAAAAAGGGGGUGGGGGGUCUUGGGUGGCCUGAAAUCAAAUUAAAUAUCAGUUUAUUUUCUCAGGAAACACCACUGAGGAAGUUAUCUUACUUAAAUUAAGAAUUUAAAGUGUCUAGCAAGCUGUAGAUACAGAUGGAUAUCUCAUUGCCCGGCACUACUUAUCACAAAGCUUUCUUCUUCUUCUUCCUGCUUGAAUUUUGUUUUUCUUUCUGUCCUUUUGUUAUUGUGCACUUUUAAAACUAUUUAAAACACAAUAAAUGAAUUUUAUAAAAUUGUUCCGCCCAAAAGGUUGGCACUAAAAGGGCUGCUAUUUUUUUUUUUAGUACUAGUUGUAGAGGAAUUUGUCUAUGUUGUGUGAGUGGGCCUGGGGCAGUGGGGUUGGUUUUUUUUUUUUCCUUUUUUUUUUUUUGGGGGGGUCGGUGGGGGGGGGAGUAUGUAAACUAAAAAAAGUAAAGGGUUUUAAUUGAUUGACUGGAAAAUUGAAAAACUUGGAAAUGUUUUUUUUUUUUUUUUUUUUUUUUGUUUUUGUGGAUUUUUUUUUUGUUUUUUUAUUGGGUUUUGGGGAGUGGGGUUGGUUUUUUUUUUUUCCUUUUUUUUUUCUGGGGUGGUCAGUGGUGGUGGGAGUAUGUAAACUAAAAAAAGUCAAGAGUUUUAAUUGAUUGACUUGAAAAUUGAAAAACUUGGAAACCUGUUUCCCACUGUGUACUUUUAUAUUAAAAUAAGAAUGUGAGCGACUUUAGUCACUUAGAAGUGUGAGCCCCCUGUAAGUGUCGGGUCUCCAAAGAGUGUGAGCCCCCUGUAAGUGUCGGGUCUCCAAAGAGUGUGAGGCCUCAUAAAAGUGUAAAGCCCUCUAGGAAAUGUGAGGCGUCUUCAAAGUGUCAGGCCCCUUGAAGUGUGAGGCCUCUUAGAAGCAUGAGGCCCCUUAGAAGCAUGAGGCCCCUUAGAAGCAUUGAGGCCUCUUAGAAGCAUGAGGCCCCUUAGAAGCAUGAGGCCCCUUAGAAGCAUGAGGCCCCUUAGAAGCAUGAGGCCCUCUAGUCUAACUAUAGAGAGAAGUGUGGCAGACACACUUCACAUAAUACUGGAUUAAUGAUACGCAGACAACACGGCUCGUUACUCGUGUUGCAUUCAACCUGCCAGUGGAGUAGACGGCCUUCGACAUACUUCACCGACUCUCCCGUAAUUUAAACAGGAAGUGGCGUUAAGAGUGAUAUCUGAGCGGGCUUUUAUGCUUGAAGAACAACACAGGAGAGAUAGAGUUUCAUAGAGACGGAACUCUUCCAGGUGGACAGAGGACUUUCUCAUGUACCGCUUUUUUAAUAAUUUUUUUCCCUUCUUUUCCUUAUCCCGGGAAAACGGAAAUAGAGUUUCCCUCAUCCCGGAUUUUAAAACUAUACACGGAGAGAUGAUUUUUUAAAUAGUUGUUCAAUUGGAUUUGGAUUUCUGGGGGGGGGGGGGGGNCAUUAACUCCACUGUACGGGUAGCGACUAUUUAAUUAUAGUUAUAGCGACAAUUUGCGACAAUCUGCAAUUUAAAAAGGGAAAAUUUCCCGGGAAGAUUACCUAAAAAUCGCCCGGGAUCUCGGGACACCAACCCUAGAGUGGAAAGCUCAUGUAUGGCGCCGAAUCCGAAUAUUUUGCUAUCGCUAUUUGCCAAUUCAAAAAGAUUUGAAUCCAAGUCAGUAGCUGUUUCUGGCAGUAACUACGGUAUGAGUAGAGGGCAGUCAGAGUUGCGAGAUGAGAGAAAGUAUAAGCGAAGUAUCAGCCUAAUAAAGAACAAGACUAUAAUCAUCGAUUGUUAUCGCCUGAGUUGUUUCUUUAGUGGAUGUCAGAUAUAGAUGAAGGUUAGCAGAUUGUUAAAUCGUGUAACUGGGCUAAAAUUUGCCAAGAUUAACCACGUUGGAAAUAUAGUGUACUACCACAUGUGGGUCUGUGAGGGGGGAGAAUGUUGAUAUAAUGUUAAAACAUGAAUUUGAUAGAUAUUAAAAAAAAAAAAAAAAACCUAAUCCUUUUUUAUUGUUGUCAUAAAUUUAGAUUGCAAUGCAAAUAUCUUUCACGUAUUGCAAGUUUUAUCUUAAAACCUAAAAAUAAAGAAAAAUUACAAUUCAGUCUUCUUCACUAUUUUUUGGUCGAAAAAAUAUAUUUAAAAAUCAAUAAAUACCCCUCAUAUAUAUGUCACUGCGCUGAAUUAUUAUGUUUAGUAACUCUAGUGCGCAGGUUCUCAAUUAUUUUGUAGUUAAGGUCACAUUUGUAUAAUAUAGACUAUAGUAAACUAUAGUAGAAGAAUAAAAGUGACCCUUACAACGAUGCAUUGGGGGAAAAUGGCUUUUAAAUAUAAUUUAAUAGAGUAUACAUUUUUUUAAAGGAAAACAUUCAUUGGAAGUAUAUACGUCAUAUAGUGAUUUUCCCCUACAAAUAAAAAUAAGGGAAAAUACGCCUAACCUUGGGGUGGCCCCGACUAGGGGCUAUGUGAAAGUACGUCUCAACGCCUCAGACUUCACAGUCUGAGCAUUUAAUCCCAGUUCCGUCUGCUGCUUGUGGGUGACCUUUGACCUGACAUUGACCUCGACACAUGUGAUGGAUGAUUCUUUGUCAACAGAUUUGACACGGUCGUGUUGUGCUGCUGUCCAACUGACUUCGUCGCUUGUAUGAUUCGUCUAAGGAAGAUGGAUAGGGUCUGAAAUGCGAGUAUAUAAUAGACAGUUUGAGUGACCGUAACAAAAGCAUUACUUGUAGCAUUACAAUCUUAAAUUGAUCACUCACGCCACUCUUACUUUUGUGUAAUGUGAUAAUAAAACAACAUUAAACCACCCAAAUACCCCUACCGGAACCUCUCUCUCUUUUUUAAAAAAAUAGAAUUACUGGCGCAACAAAAUUAUUGAACGCCACCACUCUAACAAGUCUAACUCUAAGAAAUACAGUUUUAAACCAUAUAUGUACUCGCGCAGCAACCCCCCCCCCCCCCCCCCCCCCCCCCCCCCCCCCCCCCCCAGUUCGCAAACUAAUUUUGACACCUUUAUUUUUCUUGGAAUCUGACAAAGAUUUCUUUCUCCUCACCACUUAAUAAUUUCAUAAAUUUAAAACAGAUUAACAAUCAUUUAAGCACGGAAGGGGGGAAAAAAAGGGGAGGGGAUAGCGCUACGGUGACAGUACACAAUCUUUUCGAAGAUACAAAUAAUGUUCAAGAGAGCAUUGUGGGCGUUGUGUGUGUGUGUGUGGGGGGGGGGGCGAGGGGUGGAUCAGAACGUUAAAAACAUCAGUAUAAAAUUUAAAAAAAAUCGUAUUAUUAUUACUACAAGGAAACAAUUUAAACUUUGUAACUUGUAGAACCGAUUUCGUAUUGGAGGCGUCAGUGGACUGGCAUUUCAAUAAAGAUAGAAGUUUGACUUAAAUUAUAAUACCAUACUUAGGACUUAGGUGGUAUUUAGAGUUUUCCUCCUUAAUAACAUGAAAAGAUGAAGUCUGAAAAUAAGUGUCAUGUUCUAUAACCUAGUUGUCCUCUUCAUGUUUGAGAAGUGGUUAAUAUUUUUUUUUAAUGAAUGAACUGUAACAAAGUCUAUUGUCAGAUAAACAAAUUUAAUGUCAAAGUGUAACGUCACCGGCGAAACACGUCACUCGUCAACACGCACUCGUCAAAACGCGACUGCAUGAAUAUGAUUGCAUACACAAUACAAUUGUAGCUAUUUUUUGUUUGUUUUUGUUUAAAUUUAAUAUCAGGAAGUAAAUUUUGUUGGAUGCACUAUGGCAUGUACAUUUUCAAUAGUCUUAGGAUAUUAUCUAUGAGUUAACGUGUAAUAUUUGUCAACUGCAUCGUUAAAAAAAAAUAAUCUAGAUCUAAUCUUCUUUUCGCAAUCUAAAAGGAGAGGGUAAAAGAGUGGAAACUUCAUAAUUAAAGAGCGGCUACUCAAUUUAUUGAAACUCCUUGUUAAAAAUGUUUCAGUUAAUUCCCCUGCUCGUAAACGUGAAUGAGGCAUUAUUUGUAAAGUCUAAAGCCACAAAACAUAAUUAAAUCAUAUAUAAAAGCAGAUGACUCUGUCACAUCUGGCCUAUAUUUUUUUUUCCAUUCCUCUGUAUUAGGUUGUUCUAUAGCAAAAUUAAACAUGAUCGAUGCAUUAACAUGUAUAAAAAUGAAAUAUUACAAUAUCAAGUAUUUGAACAAUUAAUUUAGUAGGCCUGUUACUGAUAUAUUUAAAAGUAUUUGAAAUAAUGAUAAAAAUCACAUUAUUAUUUCAGUUAAUUCUCAAGCUGUGAACAACUGUUUCCUGCCAUCACCUGGGACACAGUUUAUGUCUUUGAAACUUGUCACCAUCAAAAAUGCCUUCCUAUGAUGUCAAUGACCCCAAUUCCAAAAACGGGGGACAGAAAUCCCCCAAAGAAAAGGCUAAGCCUCCGUUACAGAAGUCUGUCUCUAUCGAUGAAACGACCAAGUAAAAUAUUUUUUGUUGUAGUUACUUGAUUUUUAAUUCUCUUUGACUUAAAAAAAAACAAAAAAACUUAAAUAGUUUGUUAGCUCUAUAUAGCAAUGAUAGUGAAUGCAUUUUGCAACAAAUGUAAUUAAAUAAAUUGAUAAAGCUAAAGGUUCUUUUCUUUUUGUUACAGCCCCAUAUUGCCCAGUUCCAACUCAAGGACCGGCAAGGCUCCCCUGGAGUCCUCGAUGUCGACGACAUCGAUGAGGAGAAGAAAGUACAGCAGGAGAGCAUCCUCCAGCUUUGACUUUCCUCAUUUAGACUCUGUCAAGUCUGUGCCUAGUAUACAGUUAGAGGAGAUAGAUCUGAAUGCAGGUAGGUUGUGUCAUAUAUCUCAUUGCUGGUGGGUUACUAUAGAUCUGAAUUCUGGUAGGUUGUGUGAUAGAUCUAAAUGCUUGUAAGUUCUGUGAUGGAUCUAAAUGCUAGUAGGUUGUGUGAUGGAUUUCUUCUUCUUAUAUUUCAGGAGCCCAUGAUCAAUUUGUUGAUCAUUCUGGCUCCUGGUUUUAAAUUAGAUGGGUUGCCGUCCAAGGCUAACAAGUCCCAUCAACCUGGGGUGCUUGGGAUGUUGGCUUUGGUGGGGAUUGAACUCCAGACCACCAGCUAUUUGGUUUGAGACAGUUUAGACCGCUCGGCCACCCAGUACCCUAUUUAUUGAAAGUCAUGGUAUUUCCCGCAAAUUAUUUGCGGAUGACACAGAACUGUACAAGUGUUUCUGCCCUGAUCCUUGGGACUGUCCUGGCUCUGUUCAGGCUGUUGAGGUCUGCUGUCUUGUGAAAUCAUGGAUGUCAUCAAACAGACUUAAAUUAAAUGACGAUAAGACUGAGGCAAUUAUGUGUGGCUCUGACGCCAAUCUCCGAAGGUUGCCAUCGCAUCGAUACAAGUUGGUGCUUCUGAGAUCCCCUUGUCCAACACUGUCAGAGACCUUGGGUUUUAUACUUACAGUAAACUUAUUCCUCAUAUCAGUUCUAUGGUCUGGGCUUGUUUCUAUAGUCUACGCGCCCUUGGUCAGCUGCGUCCUCAACUUAAUAAGAGAACAGCCAAUGCCAUAGCAGUAACUCUAAUCCAAUCAAGAUUAGAUCAACAGUUGUUUGUGGGGUUUACCUUAGAACCAAAUUCAGAGACUCCAGAAGUAACAAAAUACUAGAGCAUGCAUUGUAUCGGGGAUAAAGAAAUUCUGGCCACAUCAUCCCAGUUCUUAGAGAUCUCCAUUGGCUUCCUGUGAGUGAGCGCAUUGACCUAAAAAUUCUCUCCUUGGCUUACAGCUGUAUAGAAGGCUCUGCACCGGAAUAUCUUUAAGAACUGAUUUCUAAACACAUAUCCUUAAGGAACCUGCGCUCUUCAACACAGUCCUUACUGAGAGUUCCCAGUUUGGAUGGAUACAGAAAGAAGUCAUAAGAGUGUGCUCUUUUGAAGCUAUAGCUCUAAAAUUAUGGAACAGUUUGCCUCAAUCUUUGAGGGAAAUUGAAAAUGAUUAAAAAAAUAAUUUAAGAAACAUUUAAAGACUUUUUUCUUUAAACAGAUUUAAGAACAUCAGAGCCCUGUGAGCAUGCUUAAAUAGCAUGGAUACAAAGGCUAUAUAACUAUAUUAGUAUUCAAUCAAUCAAUCAAUGGAUAGGAAUGUUGGUAUGUUGUGUGAUAGAUAUGAAUGCUAGUAUUUUGUGUUAUAAAUGUGAACCCUAGUAGGUUGUGUGUUUAAGAGAAAGUGUUGGUAAAUAUACAAAUAUUAAUUUACUCACACACGUAAAGAGUACAAUCUUUGCAAGUAUAUUACAUAUCGUAAAUGUCUCAGAAAAUUGGCAAAUAUCUCUCCCGGCUAGGAAAGCUGCUGGCUUAUAUAAAGGUACUAAAUCAGUACCCUCUAGAGAAGAAAUUCUUGAAAUUUCGUCACCUGAUAGCCUUCUUUAGAACAUUAUAACUUAUUUGAACAUAAAAAAACCUUUAUAAAUCAAAGGAAGGGUGGGUAAAAGGAGUGGAACAUCCCAUUUCAUAGGUGACGACAAUAUAUAAAAAAAAAAAGUGGGGGAGACAAGUGGAGGCCACAAUAUUAGAAUUGGGCAUACACUUAUGCCAUAACAAGACAUAAAUUCACGACUGAUUUAAUUUAAUGCUGUUAUCAUUCAUUCAUUUUCUAGUGCCAUGGUGGACUUCCCACAGGUUUCGAUUGGCUAUUCUCUCCUUCUUUGGCUUUGUUAUUUUGUAUGCUCAGAGAGUCAACCUCAGCAUAGCCAUCGUCUCUAUGGUGAAUCAUUCAGCAUUAAAGUACAACUCUUCUUCUAGUUCCAACAGUAGGUAAGUGUAAAUGUAUCAGGAAUAGUUAAUUUUAUUACCUUUAAAUGAGUUCCUUUAAUCAGAUUCACGUUUGAUGGUGCUGUUGGAUAUUUAAUGUGAUGAAAUAAUCAAGAGAUUUUCUAUAAUAGAUUAGGUCCCUUCACUUUGUAAGAUGGACACACACCCCUCAUCCCCCCCCACCCCCCCCCCCCCCCCCCCCACUCUUAAUUUUCAAGGGGAAAAGCCUGAUCCCCAUGGGAAAAAUGACCAGAAAAAACAGGAUACCAAAGUUAUAAAUAAUUUCUACAAUAAGAUUACGCUGGUGAUUAUUAAACUGACCACAGGUGCCAUCGACUUCCGGUAUCUUUGUUUUGUUGUUAUGUGUAAGUGGAAGCUCAUGAAUUAAUUUUUUUGGGUUAAGAUCAGCAUUGGUAAAACGUGACAUUAAAACUUAAGUUUAUUCAAAUUAAUCAUUUAUGUAAUUGCAGAUAUAUAUUAAUAUUAACACUUUUUUUAACAUAGUUGAUUCCUGUACAGUGACCAGCACCUUGAAAAUCUGCAUAAACAAUUUCAUUAAUCACUGGGCCUAAAAAAUUUUGAAAAUCUCCUUUGACCACAGCAACAUAAGAUGACUACCACACACAUUCCCUUGAAAAUAUUUCUUUUUAAUUAGGCUUUAGAAAGAGUAAAUACAGUACUCAUUUAAAAAAAAAUAAAAUAAAAGUGUCAAUUAUAUAGUUUCAAUUAUCGCUUUAAUGUUCUUGUCGAGAUGAGACAUAAAUGAAUUUAUUUUCAAUUUUAGGCUGUUGUAAGUUUGACUUUGUUGAUUUAUCAAUAGUUUUAGUGUUUGUAUGUCUUUCAGAGUUUGUGAGUCUUACAUUUUUUAAAAUUAUCUUGUGCUUGUAUGUAUCUAUCAAACUUGUCUAUUUAUAUAAAUAGUUCAAUGUUUGUCUCUAAUCCAAUGUUUGUUUUUAUUUCAGUAACUUGACCUUCUCUGACAACUUCACACAGUACAGCUUCGAUAACCUGACAAAACCAGAAGAACCCAAAUGUCCUGAGCUGAAAUCAAGUUUAGCAGUUAGUUUAUUUAACUCAGCUUCCAUUUUGAUCAUACACACAUUAUGAUAGACAAAGUCAUACUUUAUAGUUGCUUUACACAUCAUAACUCACACUGCAGGUGUAUAGCUAAAAUGAAAUGGAGAGAUACAGAAAAUAUAUUUUUUACACAAUUAAACUGCCGGCCUUAAAUAACUAUAACCUGCUAGUCUCUGGUAUUAUUGCAGACUAUUGUACACACAUGAAUAAAAUGCUCAUCCCCUCACAUUGUUUCAUUGUCAUUCAAAAAUAUUUUUUAAACUUCAUAAUGCUAACCACAACUGUGGCAUGAAAGGAUGGAGAAUUUCUGUGGAGUAAAGAAGAUGAGGGUCUUCUGCUUGGAGCAUUUUUCUGGGGGUAUCUUGUAUUCCAAGUGAUAGGUGGAAGACUCAGCGAAAGGUGACCCAUUUUACUAUUUCUACUUCAUGUUUUAUUGAAGAUUGUAUUGAAGGUGUCUUUUUCUUAACUCAAUAUUGAGAAAUAUUCCAUUGAAUUCUGGGACUUUUUUUGUUCUCACUUAAUAGAUUUAGAAUUUCCAUCAAUGUACUGAACUGAUAUGUCAUUUAAUGGAAUGCUGAUAUAGUGAUAGGUGGAAGACUCAGCGAAAGGUGACCCAUUUUACUAUUUCUACUUCAUGUUUUAUUGAAGAUUGUAUUGAAGGUGUCUUUUUCUUAACUCAAUAUUGAGAAAUAGUCCAUUGAAUUCUGGGACUUUUUUUGUUCUCACUUAAUAGAUUUAGAAUUUCCAUCAAUGUACUGAACUGAUAUGGCAUUUAAUGGAAUGCUGAUAUAGUGGACACAUCACUACUGCAAUAACUUUGUAUUUGUUAAACAGAUUUGGAGCUAAGAAGGUGAUCGCUAUCGCCAUGUUUCCUGUGGCUAUCUUGACAAUUCUCUCGCCUGUAGCGGCCAGAGCCAGUCGUUACCUUUUCCUAGUGGUCAGAGUAAUUAUUGGUCUUGGUGAGGUCAGUGAGUACUUACUUUUAUUGAAACAUCAAUUUUGUUUUCAUAAAAUUUUUACCCUUUUCUUUAAAAAAUGCAAUAAGACAAUUAAUGUUUAAAUUUAUUUAUAACAUUUGCAACUUAUUUCAUGCAAGCUAAAUGGCUUAUUAUGAAGCUUUACUCAAGACAAAACAAAUCAAGGCAUAUUCCUUCUUAAAAGUCUUUUUCAAUAGGUGGAUACAUUAAAAAAUGCAUUAAUUUUGCCUUUCACAUGAAAUAAAGGCCUAGAAAUAUUAUGUUGUUCAUGCCAUCAUUCAGGAGUCAAAAUUAAAAACUAUUUGAUCUAUUUUUAGAUCACUGUUGUUGAAACUAAGAAUCAAGCAAAUUAAAUUUUAGGUUAAAAAAUUGUAUAUCAGCGUUAUUCAAUUGAAGUGCCAUGUUCUAUUUUGAGGGUUUCUUCUAUUAUAAGUUAAGGAGGUAAUGGAUUAAUUGUGUCAUGCAUUUGUUUAUUAAGGGUGUCAUGUAUCCUGCUGCCCAGGCAUUUUGGGCCAGUUGGGCUCCUCCCAAUGAAAGGAGUCGUCUAAUUGGAUUUUCUUAUGCAGGUAUGACAUAACUGAUAGAAUUAUUUUAUUUAAUGUUGAGAGGAAAGAUUUAUUAGAGUGAAAUGAAUUAAGAGUUUUACUCUUUUUAAAAAAUUUCUAAAAUAUAUUUUUUUAAACCCACGAACUGUGGACGGCCGAUUAAAUCGGUCGAUUUCCUCUUCCUGUACUGCGUCCGCUUAUUUUAUCGGCUGAUAAAAAGUGUGUUGAAAGAACAACUUCCAGUCCAACAUUUUACACUAAAUAAAACUACUUCCUUUUAAUAAUAAAUAUUUUUCCCUCUUCUGUGCCCUUUUGGAGUUAUUUUUUUACAAUGAUCUUUAUCAAGCAAAUUUGUAAAAUAGAUGUUCAUGAAAUGGAUGGGGCCAUAGCUGGACAAUCUGGAUUACAAAAUAAAUCAGUUAAGAAUUUUUUUGACAAUUCCUUUUAGUUAAUGACUUAUAUGAUUCAGAAGAUGAUUUUCCUAUCACACACGAAGACAAUGAUAAUUCCGAUUAUUGUUCUGGUGGGUCAGAAAGCGAUAGUUCAGAUGAUUUAGACCUAGGCCUAGAGCGAGUAGGCAAUGCCGCAACAGCAAGACUCGAUAAAAACUAUGUUUCAGAUGACUUUGUACUAACAAAAAAUAAUUGGAUGUUGUUUCUACAUAUGUUUUCUUAUAUUUCAUUUUUUGGAUUAAAUAUUUAUAUAGCAGCUUUUUAAAUUUUAUCUGUUUCUUGCUAUUUAGUAAUGUUUAUAUUGUUUAUGUUGUGCUUGGUUACUUGAACGUAUUAGAGGUAUCAGAAGAAUUUAAAAAAUGAAAAAAUCUAUAAAUAACUAAAACAUAUACAAAUAAUUAUUUUCUGACAGAUAAAUAAAAUGCUAUCAUAUUAUAUAAACAUUAUAAUAAUACGUCUUUUAAAAAUUGUAAUUUGAGGUACUUGAAAAUAAAACUUUUCAUUAUUUUCUUAAUCCUUUGCCACUCCAAGGUCAAAAUCACGGUCACAGAGUAUAAAAUAGCAUUAAAAAAAAUAGCAAAUAUGAUUCCCCACUCAGUCUACUUUCAAUAAAUAUAUACUUAAUGGGGUCUAGCUAUAGUCUUUGCAUGUGAAAAAAUCAUAAUUUUCAAAGACAUCCAAAAAGCUCUAAAUUGCUUGCACAGUACAGAAGCAUAACAAACACAGUUCGUGGAUUAAAUGUGCAAAAGAAAAGACUAAGUAGGAAAAAAUUAUAUUUCUUUUUUUAAAUAAUACCAGGUGGUCAGUUUGGAAAUGCCCUCAUCUUCCCUAUUGCUGGGUAUUUGUGUGCUUAUGGUUUUGAUGGUGGCUGGCCAAGUGUCUUCUACGUAAUUGGUGAGUUUGACAAAUCUCUUUCAGUCUUGUGAAUGGCACAUGCUCUACUAGGAGCCACAAAGGCAAAGAAAAACUAGAAUAACAUCUGCCUGCAUAGUUUGACAAUUAUGAGAUAUUAAUUUGAAUAUAUUUUAUUUACUCAUUUUGUUUUGAGUGUUCAUUAUUUCAUGAAUAAAAUACCCUGUGGCAAAUCACCAUGUUCUAGGUGUCCUGUUCUAACUGUUAUGUACACUUACAGGUUUAGCUGGCUCUAGCUCUCCUGUUCUAACUGUUAUGCAUACUUACAGGUUCAGCUGGAUUCAUCUGGUGUGUCUUCUGGGUUUGGCUGGUCAGUGACACGCCUGACCAGGACAAGACCAUCUCUGACAUUGAGAAGAAGUUCAUCAAAUAUUCUAUUGGCCAGAGAUCAAAAGGCAAAACAAUUGUGAGUUGUCUCCGUAUCCGAACCAUAGCAGUCUCUUUGAGAUAAUUUGAACAAUAUAUUUUCUUCAAGCUUUUUCAUGGUGGGAUAGAUGGAUAUCAAACUGACAAAUCAAUGGGUUAUUGAUGGUUUCAGAGUUAAUUUAUUGUCAUAUAAAUUACUAACAGUGCAUAAGAUCAGAUUUGCAGAAUACACUUUAGUUAAUCUGAUUAGUUAGUUAACUAAAUUUCUAGUGAAAUUGUCGUUAUCAAUGAAGAACAAUAAAAUCUUAAUAACACUUUGUCAAUUACUAUUGUAUUUUACGGACUAUAAGACUCACCUUAAUUUUUAUGCAACUUUUAAAAAAAACAAAACAUUUUUACAUUUUUAUAUUAAUUUCGAGAAUAAGACGCACCUGAAUUUUGGAGGCUAUUUUUCGAAGAAAAAAGUGCAUCUUAUAGUCCAUAAAAUGCGGUAUAUUAUCCUUUUAGAUUAAUUUAAAUUCUUUUCAAACUCCUUCAGUACGAAAAAAUUACUUCCAUACACCACAAAAUUCUGUCAUACAACUCUCCUUCCUUACAGUAAAUUUCCUUUCAGUUAAUAAACAUCCUUCCAUUCAUUAAACGUGAUUUCAUACUGCUUAGGUAAUUUAAAAAGAUUUUAAAUUUCUCUCAUGGUUAACUCUUCCCCUGCUGUCUGCAUUUGGGCGGACUUAAAUUUUUUUGUUUGAAAAAUAUUUAUUGUUUCAAAAGAGAAAAGGAUUAAUAAAUAAAGUUGAAUUACCAGAUAGCCUUGAUUUUAAGCUUAAAUAAAAAAAAGAACUAUAACUAUAAGCUGAUUCAAAAUAUUAAACAUCACAUAAGAAUUAUUGAGAAAAUUUUUUACUUCAGAACAAAGAAAUCCCUUGGAAAGCCAUUUUUACAUCUAGACCAGUCUGGGCUAUUCUGGUGGCUCACAUGUGUGGAAAUUAUGGCGCCUACAUGCUACUGACAAAAUUACCAGCCUAUAUGAAAGAGGUCCUUAAAUUUGACAUAAAAUCGGUAAGUAAAUUUAUAAAAUCUUUUGUUCAAACCUAAUCCAAGGCAGGUAUUAACUUGAUUCUUGAAAUGUUAGUUAAUUUUAUACGUGAAAUGCUAGGUUAACAUUUAAAAAAAAAUUAAAAAUUAUAAGAAAUAUUACAAUUUAUCGACUACUUUAUUAAUUUCAAAGUAACUUUUUUAAAAAGCUAGGUUACGAGUUGCAUUUUCAACAAAAUAAAAACUUUCAAAUGUUUUUUGUAAACAUUUUAUAUAAAUCUCGUAUUUAGUCUGGUCUGGGACACAAAAGUAGGUAUUGUACUUUUGAAAUGAAUUUUAAAAUUUAUUUUUUAAAUCCUUUAUAUUAACUUCACUUUUGUUCAUGUGUUUCUUUCUGGUUGGGUGUUUGGCAAAAUCUUGAGUUGGCUAAUUGACCCAAUUCCCAUCAACCUAUUGAGCUGAAACAUGGCACAUAGACUCGUUGCAGAUAACAACACAUUGUUUUAAAGUUUCAGCCCCACCCUCCCCAAAAAUCAUUUUUUUCUGUUUUUUAAGGGAAUGAUGAAGGCAAGAUGACUUCACUAAAUAAAAUUCCAGAUAUCAGCGCUAAAUGAAAUUAUUAAAAAUAUCGCAAGUGCGUUGGGUGAAUAUUUUCUUUUGUUUUUCUGAAAUAGUUGGUGUAAUAAAUCUGUGGUGUAAAAGCGGGUGGGUAAUUAGAAUAUUAAUAUAGUUCAGGGGUGUGAAAAAAAUGUGCGGUUGCUAGCCUGGGGAGGGCACUUAUUGUAUUCGUAUAAAGUGCGUUACGUGCACUUUUUCAAAUUUUCAGUCCCACUCCCCAUUGCUCGAUAUUAAAUUUUAUAAAGGAUUGAUGCGAAAAACUUUAUUUUAAGGGGCUGUUUAAUAUAUUUUUAAAAAUGUUCUUUUUAAAAGAGUUUAUGAUUAUUUGUCUUAAACAUUUAAUUACUAGAUUUAUUUCCUUAAUGUUCUUCUUUCCUUAUUUUGUUUUUGAUGGAUGAAAAUGUGUAAAAUUAUAUAUAAAAAAAAUGAACUUUAUACAUUGAUCAUUUAAAAUUUAACAAUUAAUUUUUUUUUUUAAAUUUUAGGUUGGAAAAAAUGUAUUUUUCAAGUCAAGUACAAAAUGUGUACAUUCAAUGUUAAGCUAUUCUCUAAGAGCAUCAAAAUAAUUUUAACACACUAAUAAUCAUUGUACAAUUUCUCCACAGAAUGGUGUUUUCUCAAUGCUGCCAUACUUACUGUUCUGGUUCAUCAUAAUUCUCAGUGGCAUGAUAGCUGAUCUGCUUAUCUCCAGAGAAAUAUUGUCUGUAGGAAACACACGUAAAUUAAUGUCAGCAAUAGGUAAGUCUGGCCUGGUAUUAUGGCAUGUGCGAAGUUCAUGAUACGCACUGGCUUCUACAUAAGGAGGUGCCUAGAAGAUUUUUAAAACUAAUACUUUUUAAGCUAAAAUUAAUGGCCUAUGAAUUACAAAUUAUAUUCUUCUUUUUUAGAAUGUUUAAAAUAUAUUAUUUAUUAAAACUAUUUUCCUAACAUCUUUGUGAGAUAUAUGUCACAGUUAAUUAAUAAACAAAUGUUAAGAAAAUGCCAUAUCUAUUUCAUUUAAUUUAAGGUUCAAAAAGUUUUAUUUUAAAAACAAAAUAGUUGCUGCGAUUCCUCUUGAUAUAACCAGACCUUUUUACUCUAAUGAUUUUGGCUUACAAUAUGCGAUUUGGGGAUGUCUUUUAUGAUUGUGUGCUGAGACCUGUCAGAACCAUGAUUGGACAAGACCAGGUUAAAAAAUAUAUUCGGGUGGUUUUUACGAUUUAUAUAAAUAAAACGACGUUUGAGGUUGUUAGCUUACCUUUUUUCUACACCCAGCAAUGAAUAGAAAGAGAAAUAUGUUUGACUGGGGACCGUACACAAUUAUAUUAUGUACAUAUUGAGAGGCGAAAGGUGGUGGAAGGGUACUUUUGUGCAUGGGAGGGGUAGGGAGAUGUGUCUAAAUAUUUUUAAAGCCUAUAAAAUAACACCACCACAUUUCAUGAUUAUCAUAGUGUUGCUUUGUGUUUUCACAAUGAACUCGCUAUAUACAGCAAAAGUAGUAUUUAGCUAUUCCCCUACUGAUAAAUUGAGUCAGCUUCCGCUUUUGUUUGCUUCGGUGCUGUAUGACUUAAUUUUGUGACAGAAUUAUUUCGUACUUUGGCUGUAUGGUAGAGAUUGCGAAAAUGGAGAAAAUUUAUGGAUUGUAAAAAAAAAUGCAAUAUGAACUGCUCCACUCAGCAGCAUUGGAUUUUGACAUAAUUUAUAAGUUAUAUAAAGCAGCAUUUAAAAUCUGUUUGUAGAAGCACCUGUACAAUUUCAUCACCCCAGUUUUGUUCAAGCACUCCUCUUCCAUUCUCCCUACAUGGCUUGUUGUGGUUAUUAAGACUAUAAACUUUAAUAUGAAAAUGGAAAAUAAAAUCAGGCUCCUAUGCUUAAUGCACUAUCUAGAAAUUUUUUUUUUUUUGCUGGUGUCCAUUUGUCACAAUGUGACGAUGGUGAAGACUUCGCAAAGACGAAAUCCACAAGGCCUAGGAUUAUUGUUCUAGGAUUAUAAGCUGGAUCCCAACAGUAAAUGGGAGCUGGAUAACCCAAGAAGUUGUGGGAAUGUUAAUGUUUCAUCAUACCAAUGUAAUCAACCUACAGGACUCCAUCUCUGGGUUUGAAUUCAGACUUUCCUUCUCAUAGAUGAGUUGCCAUCAAAGGUUAACGAGUCCCAUCCACCAAGGUUGCUGGUGAUGCUAUUUGCUUGACUGUGCUUUUGGCUGACAUUUGCUCAGUUUAGACUAUUCGGACACUAUCUAGAAAUGUAUAAACAUCAAUUGUCUACUUUGAGAAGUGACUUUUAUUAGACAUGCCAUGCGAAUAGUUAUUAUUGUAUGCAUUAUACUUUGUUUAUUAUUUACUAUAAUUUACUAUUAUUUACUAUUUUCAAUGUUUAUUAUUUACUAUUACAAUAUGGUAUUGUACACUUUUAAGAGGUAAAGUACUAUUCUGAGACUUUAUUGUACUAUUUUGGGAGUUCCAGUGAAAACAGGUCUCUAUAACAAAUUUACAACAUAGAAUGUAAUAUUAAUUACAUUGCCAUUCUUUCACAGGAAUGGUGGGACCUUCUGCUUUCCUUAUUGCAACUGGUUUUAUGGAAUGUGACCAGCAGGUGGCAGCAGUCAUUUUGUUGACCUUAGCCAUCGGCUUGUGUGGAGUUCACUUUUCUGGGUUCUUCAUCAACCAUGGUGACAUUGCUCCACCCUAUGCAGGCACACUGUUUGGUAUUUCCAACACCUUAGCCACUGUACCAGGGAUCCUGUCUCCCUACAUUGUGUCGGCAAUGACUAAAGAUGUAAGUAACAUGUAAAAUUUUAGCUCUAAUUCUCAUUUAGCAGGUAAAAUAAUUUCCUGUCCAAGUUUUUAACUUAAUGUAAAACAAGUGCAAUUGUAUAAUAUAAUUAACAAAACUUGUUUCAUUACAGCUAACAAAUCUAGGUAAUUAAAAUUUGUUAAAGAAAAUCUUCAAUGUGAAGGACUUUGUAUUUGAAAAAAAAUAUUUUAAACUAAGCCUUAGCUUAUCACCAGCAAAUAAAAUAAAUGAAGCUAAUUAAAAACUCAUUUUUAUGUCUCCUUUUACAUUUCGAUAUAGAAUGUUCACAUUAUGAAAAAAAUUCAGAUUAAAAGUAAAACAUGAUUAUAGGCAAAUAUUCAUGCAUGUUAUUCAGGGAAAUAAGAAAAAAUCUUUCCUUUAUUUUAAGAACUAGCCAAUAUACCCAGCGUUGCACGGGAUUGCAUUAGGACCCCGAUCCCAUUGGGACCCCGAUCCCAUUCUGACACCGAUCUCGGCGAGGUCCCAUUUCCCGGUGUGAUCCCGAUCCCGGUGGAUCCAUUCAAGGUUAGGAUCCUGAUCCCAGUGGGAUCCCGUUUUCUGGUGGGAUCCUGAUCCUUUUCGGAUAAAGUUUAUAAUGGGAUCCCGAAUCGAAAAAUUCUUUAGUGAUACCUAGAGAACAGUAAACUCUGGGGCAGUAUAGAAAUGAAUAGAACUAACUAACAUUUCAAUAUUUUCUAAGAUCCCACUAUAUAUCUCCUUGUAACAAUUUAGACUUUUCUGGAAUUUUCUAGAUUAAAUUUAAUAACUUGCUCGAAAAAUGUGUAAAAACUACUUUUCUAAUUAUUUUUUGAAUACGAUAAAAAUCUUCAACAAAUGCCAUAAUUAUAAUCCUUUUUCUUUUAAGUUAAUCAAGGGGGGCCCAUUCCAUAACUGUACACAUUUACUUAUGCAUGAGAUAGGGGCCCUACAAAUAUCAGACGGAUAAAUAAUAGAGUUAAAAUUAAAAUUUGUCCCAUUAAAAUCGGUUCAAAAAAGCUUUUUUAAAAUUAUAGAACUUUCUAGAAAAUUCUAGAAUGGAUAUUAUUAGUUUUUAAUCCACCGAUAUUUCAAUACGGACAAUGAAGGGUAUUGCUACAACGCUAGGCAUAUAUCCAUCAAUUCUCAAAGAAACUAAAGUGUUGUCUAUGCCUAUUGAUAUUUAUAUGGCUUAUUUAAGAAGAAAUGAAACAGGGCCCCCAGCCCCAUAGGAAUGGAUAUUAUGAGUUCACUACCUUUCGGAAUUUGAAAAUGGAUAAUCAGAUAUAUGUGUACCAAGUUUGGUCAAGAUCCAUCUAUUCAUGUAAGAAUACUAAAGCCUAUUGAUAUUUAUAUAGCUCAUAUAGCAAAAAACAACAUUUUGGGCCCCAGCCCCAAACCAAAUGUUAUAAAAAGUUCAUAACCUCUUAAGAGUUCCUUCUGGAUAAUGAUUGAUAUAUGUGCAAAGUUUGGUUAAGAUCCAUCAAUCCUUGUAAAAGCCACAAACAUUCACUUUUAUAUAUAUACUAGCCAAUAUACCCGGCGUUGCACGGGAUUGCAUUAGGACCCCAUCCUUGUGUGACCCCGAUCCCAUUUGAACCCUAAUCCCAUUCUGACACCAAUCCCUGCGUAGUCCCGUUUCCCGGUUUUAUCCCGAUCCCGGUGGAUCCAUUCAAGGUUGGGAUCCUUAUCCAGGUGGAAUCCAGUUUUCUGGUGGGAUCCUAAAAAGAUCCUAAAAGAUUAUGAUGGGAUCCCGACCCCUUUGGGAUCCUGUAUAAAAAAAAGUGUUACUGAGAGAACAGUAAACUCCGGAACAGUAUAGAAAUGAAUAGAACUAACUAACAUUUCAAUAUUCCCUUAGAUCCCACUACAUAUCCCUUAGGAACAAUUUAGAACUUUCUGCAACAUUCUAGAAUAAAUUUAAUAACCUGCUCGAAACAUGUGUAAAAACUACUUAUCUAAUUAUUUUUUCAAAUAUGAUAAAAAUUUUCAACAAAUGCCAUAAUUAUAAUCCGUUUCUUUUAAGCUAAUCGAGGGACCCCAGGGGCCCAUUCCAUUACUGUACCGAUAUAUUUAUACCUGAGCUAAGGGGUCCUAUAAAAUCAGAUAGAUAAAUAAUAAAGUUAAAAUUUAAAAUUGAUCCCAUAAAAAUCUACUUUAAAAUGCCAUAGAUAUAGCUUUUUAAAAUUAUGGAAGUUUCUGGAAAAUUCUAGAUUGGAUAUUAUUAGUUUUAAAUCCACAGGUAUAUCAAUACAGCCAAUGAAGUGCAUUGCUACAACGCUAGGACUAUCUAUCACUUCACAUAGAAACUCUAGUGUUGUCUAAGCCUAGUUAUAUUUAUAUAGCUUAUAUAAGGAAAAAUUAAAUGGGCCCCCCGGCCUCAGAAAAAUGGAUAUUAUGAGUUCAGUACCCUUCGGUCCAUCUACUCAUGUAUGAGUAUUUGUUUCUAAUUAUUUUUAUAUAGCUCAUAUUAGGAAAAAAAUGAAUUCGGGGCCCCCGGCCCCAAACGGAAUGUUAUAAAAAGAUCAUAACCCCUUAAGAUUUCUUUCUGGAUCAUGAUGGAUAUAUGUGCCAAGUUUGGUCAAGAUCCAUCAAUCCUUGUAAAAGCCUUUGUGGAACAAACCCACAAUUCCACAAACAAAAUUUCACUUUUAUGUAUAUAUAUAUUAUAUGAUACGAUAUGAUAUGAUAUGAUAUGAUGAGUAGAUUAAAUUAGGCAUUUGGCAGACACAUUAAUUUCCUGAUAACCUUGGGUAGAGUUCAAAUUAUUUUGCAAUCACAUAGGAUCUAAUAGGAACAGUUAUAUUUAAAAUACUGUUAAAACCAAUACCUUUUACAUUUUCAUUUGUCAAUUAAUUCAGCUUUAAUUUGUGAAAUUAAUUGUAGAUCUUAUACAAUUCAUGAAAGAUGUUUGAUAAGAUUUGCAUAGGAUUUCUGUUCUCUUUCCAAAAUUUUGUUAUAGUUCUAAUUUUUUUUAAAUUUGCGAAUAAAAUAUGAAAUUGUGAAUAGUAGACUUAAUUUAAAUUUUUAAAUAACUGUUUAAAUAAUAUUUGUUCUAAUCAUUUCACCAGGGUACCAGGGAACAAUGGCUAUCAACUUUUUAUGUGGCAGCUGGAAUUUAUUGUUUCGGUGCUUUGUGGUAGGUUCUUGAGAAAUUUUUAAAUAUCUCAUAUAUUGAUUAAAAAGCAUUCAGAAAACAUGCAGGUACUUUAUUCAAUGAAAUAAUAGGAAAAGCGAUUAACCAAAUGGGAGAUUUAAAGCAGUUUUUAAUCUAUCUCCAGGUAUUGCAUUUUGGGUAAGGGUGAGAUCCAGAAGUGGGCUGGAGGUGAAGAUGAUGAUGAGGAAGAAGGAGAUGUUGGCUUUGGCUUGCAUGAAAUCCAGGAAACUGUCCAUGAAGAAGAUGAAGAAGAGGAGGAGGAUGUGAAGAAAAAAGGGCUCCUGGCAGAAAAAGACUCUGAUAAAGUUGUUUGAUAGGAUUGUGGUUUACAAAAAUAAAAAGUGGCUUUAAGAAAGGAAACAGGACAAAAAAACAACAUUUUUAUAUGAAUAAUAUAUUACCAAACAGUACAUCAAUUUUGUAAAUGUGCAAUAUUUAAUUUUUGUAAUGCAAAAAAAAAAAGAAAAGACAGAAAAAAUGAAGAAAAUUCACAUUGUCAUAUUAAAUAUGAAUAAUGGUUUAAAGAAAUACUCCUAUCUGCUCAAUAACAAUAUGGAUAUUUCUUGUGUACUCUUCUUUUUGAUGUAACUUGAAUUUUUAGCUGGAAAUUCUGUCUCUAUUUAUAACUCUAGAAUUAGUAACUUUUAUGUGUAUAUGAAAGUGAAUAUAAGCAGGUACAUGAUUAGCUUAUGAGUGUUAUCUUUUUAAAAAUAAAAUGCAAAUCUUUUUUUUAAAUUGAUCUAAAAGGUUUGAUGAUUAUGAUUUUAUGUUGACAGACAUUAGCUGGACUGCUUUUUGUUUUAGCUAUGUAGAUACGUGUAACUUAUGCAGGAUUUAAAAAAAAAAAAAUGAUAAUUUAAAAAAAAAAUCUGUAAAUACCAGUGUCUUGUAAAUUGAUUUGAUUUUACAUUUGUAAAGCUAUCUAAUGAAAAAUAUAAUCUUUUUUAAGACAUAUAAAACAUAUGCAUUAUGUAAGGGUCAUCCAUAUUUGAUCUCUUGCAAUUUUGUUAUAUUAACACCCAUACUAAAUUUAUUUUUUCAAGCCUUGCCUGAAUUCAUCACAAAAAUGUCAGCCUUACCCAGGUGAUAUCAUUAAAUGUUAGUCAAAUCCAGGUGAUAUCAUAAAAUAUCAUCUUUUUCUAUGUGAUAUCAUAUAUCUCUUACUCUCUUCCUUUUAGUUUUUUUGUAGUAAGGAUAAAAAAAAUACUGCAAUGAUGUUAUUAUUAAAGGGAAAGAACUUUUAAUUUUUUUAAAGAAAAAGGAAAAAAAAAAGUCACCUUUUGCAAAGACUGCACAUUCUAUUUUAAGCUUAUGUUUUAUUAAAAGUAAUAAACACUUUUAAAUAGACAGCUGUCAGUAUAAUGCCUGCUAAAAUAAUGUUUUACCAAGUAUUGUUAUUCAGCAGACACGAUGAAAUGUGCAAAGACCUUAAAUUGAUCUUAAAAGUCAUCUCAAGGCAAAAGGUGAAGUUGAUACAUUGCAUGAACAAGAGAUCCAUUGGAUCUGGCAGGGGACAUUCCAUGAUAUUCAAGCUAAUCUUUGUCUAUCCAACAUCAAUUUUCCCAAAAUCCACAUAUAUAUAACUGCCAUUACUUCCGGAUAUCAUGCACCUACUACAUUGUCCACUUGGGCGUGUUUGGACAAUCCAUUUAUUUUUUGGAUGCACCUUGACAAUCCACUUAUUGUAUUGGCUUGGACAAUCCACUUAUUGGAUGCGCUUGGACAAUACAAUUAUUGCAUAUGCUUGGACAAAACUUCCAUCUGUUUAUAAAGAUUAGAUGCAUUAAAACAGAAGGCCGAAGAACAUAUGAGAUAUCUUGCAAAGUCUCUCUUUUUAAAAAAAAAGAUUGAAUUAUAGGGCAAUAAGAUCAGAAAUGUUUUUUUUUUCUCAAAGUUACAAACCUAGUGAAGAAGCCUUCUACUUCUAAUUGAUACAAAUAGUAUAACAUUCAUGCAAAGCUCAUCUCUUGUUUGUUUUGAUUCUAAAGGAUUUAUAUUCAGCUAUUGUUGGGUCUACAGAUAAAAUUUACUGCAUUUGAUCACAAAAUGGUUCUCAUUUUUAUUUUAACUUGUUGUUAUACUGACAAGGUUUUUCUUCCUCAAAAUUGUUUUACAUUGGAUUGGGACUGCAAUAUAGAGAACUUGCAUAUUAUUUAUCAUAUAGGGAGAGUCCAUUUUACAUUACUUUUAAUGUCAGAAAGCUUAACAUUAACAUGCCUAAAUGAUUAAGAACAUUUUUUUUUUCCUGGAUGAAGUCAAUUUAAUUAACCCAUAUCUCUUUAUUAAAUAUCACUGCCCAUGGUCAAUAUGAUGUUUGAUACUUCACUGAUCAUGGCGGUUGUGAUGUUAGAUACUUAAUUGCCUAUGGUGUUUGUGAUAUUUGACACUAUCACUAACUCACCAGCCCAUGGUAGCUGUGAUGUUUGAUACGUGGUUUGAGCUAUCACUAACUCACCAGCCUAUGGUAGCUGUGAUGUUUGAUACAUGGUUUGAGCUAUCACUAACCCACCAGCCCAUGGCAGCUGUGAUGUUUGAUACAUGGUUUGAGCUAUCACUAACUCCCCAGCCCAUGGUAGCCGUGAUGCUUGAUACACAGCUUAAGCUAUCACUAACUCACCAGCCCAUGGUAGCUGUGAUGUUUGAUACACGGCUUGAGCUAUCACUAACUCACCUGCCCAUCUUGUUGGUGUUGAACGGUUAUUAAUGUAAUACUAACAAAGAGAAUUUGAAAUACACUAACGAAAACACAGCUACCUUUUUGCAGCCCUUGAAAAUGAUGUGAUAUUUUUCAUUCUGUAAAAUGUGGGAGUCUGAUGAGAUCAUAUCAGCCUAGACAUGUUUUAAAAUAGAAGAUGCUAGGGAUGAAAAAAAAAACAACAGAAAUUUAUAAUCAUUUUAUAAAUUGUUUGUAAAUAUUUUUCUGGAUUGCAAAUGUCCAGUAGUAUUUUUAGCAAGUACAAGUACAUUUGUCUUGUUUAGAAAUGCACAACAACAGUUUUUGCUGCAAUCUCAACUGAAGGAUCAAAUAUCUGAGCUUCAUAAAGAUCUUAAAAAAGUAUUGGGAAAUGUCCUUCAGAGCCUUACAAUCUCAAAUGUAUGUACAAAUUUAUUAUAGUUGUUCUAUAGCAAAAGUAAACAUUAUCGUAUUUAUUGAGUCCCAUCCUGUACAUAAGUCACGUAAAAUCAGGGAACAUGCUUGGCCUUAUGAAUUGUGUGCUCUGUACUUUUCCCAUUUAAUUCUGUUCUGAAGAAUAGAGCCACUUUGCCAGGUUGAUGAAUUUUUAUUUCUUUUUAGCCAAAGAAGAGAUUUCCAAAAUCAUGUUCCCUGAUUCAACCAUAAUAGAUAAGUGAACAAUUACAUUGUUUGCUAAUGGUAUUACCAAAUUAUUAUUAUAUAUGUAUAUAAAGGAUUUAGGAGUGACAUUGCUGAAUUAGUUUUGCAGUGAAUAUUUUAUACCACCAAGUAUGUUGUGAAUAUUAUUUGGGAUUAAAUUUCUUUUGAAGAGAAUCUGUUUGACCAAAGAUCUGAUUUGUUUUGUAGAUUACCAAGAGAUGCUAUUUCAGCAAAAACCCAACAGAUUUGCUUUCCCAUUUUUUCAUUAAGGAAUUAAAUAUGAAAUCACUUCUUUGAUCAGGCAGUUUAUCUUAAACAUUGCAUCAGCAUUUUUAUAUUUAUUUUUUUAUUUUUUACAAUCUCAUUUGCCAUUUUUUCUUCUUUUUUAUUUAAAUAACAUUUUUUUCAAAAAAUUGUGUUGCUUGAGGAAAAGAGUAUUUUUUUUAGCAAGUCUUAUAGCAUAGAACUGAAUAGAAAAUUAGAGGCAUUGUGUAUCUGCAUGUUUCAGUUUGUUGGUCAUAUAAUUUUAAUUUAGUAGAAGUUUUGCUGUCAAUUUUAGUGACAAUUUUUUUUAGAAAUAUUAUGUAUCCUUACUGCUGGCUAAUGUGCAGAUGUGGAAAGACCAUAAUUUCCUUUGAGAUGUAUUUUAAAUAUUGUUUUGUUAUGCUUUAAAGGACUCUCUCUUUUUCAGAAUCAAUUUUAAAAAAAAUAAAAUUUACUUCAUGGAUUAUUUUAAUGUUUUACUAUUAUUAUGAGGCUUAUAAUAAAUGCUUUAAUAAGGAAAGUAUUUAAUUUUAGUCUGAGGAUAAUGAAAGUAGGUCAGUAAAUGGAGCAUGAAAUCACUGGCCAUAUCAAAGGAAACUAAAUGGUGCAUGGAGCUCAGACUAAGAAAUGUCACGUUUGAUAAAGAAUUUACUUUUAUUUUUACAAAACAUUAAAUAAUCCUGCAGUUUUCGUGUGGUUUCAAGGAAAAAAAGAAUAGUAAAUUGAGAGCAGAUUGACUAUAAAAGAUGUCUGUGUUUCCCAUUUACUCCCAAACUAGCCUACCCAAAUAUAAAUAAUAACUUAAAAGAGUUUUUUUUUUUUUUUUUUUUUUUUUUUAAAAGGGAAAAAAACAAAAAAUUUGUUUGAAUGC